GGUUGGCGGGCUGCACGCGCGUCCACUCUGCGCUCGCGCUGUUCCGGCGGCGGCAGGGCGGGGUUUGUUUUGAGAGCGGACCGGAGAGAGAAGACUCAACAGGGAAGAUGGCGACCGCAGGGUCCGCCGAACGGCCCGGCAAACUGGCCAGCGCCGCUGCCGGCAGGUCCCAGUCCGGCUCGGGGCCUGGAGCCGGGUGCAGGUUUGGAUCCGGCCCGCCGGAGGACGAGGUGACGAAGUGCGCGGCGUGCGUGGAGGCUCAGCCCGGCGUUAGUCCGCCCUGCGGACACCCGGCCUGUCCGCUCUGCCUGGCCCGGAGACAGUCUGGCGGCGAGGAGCGGCUCCGGAGGAGGAGUGACCCCGAGAGGAGUAGCAGCAGGCCGGGAAGGAGGGACUCCGACAGCCGGAGAGAGCUCUUCAUCUCUCCUGCUCUCAUCCCAAAGUCUGCAGAGGUUUUAUCGGCAUCGACUGGGAAACACAAGCUGUUGUUGUCUGAGGACAGAGAGGAGUUCAGGAGAAGAAACACCCUGAUCUGUAAAGACGAAUCGGUCCGACGUGAUGAAGAGACUGGAGUUCUGUCAGACUCGGAGAACGAGGAGCCGAUCAGCAGGAGGAUCAGAAACGUCUCCGCCUUCGUCAGGAAAACCAAAAACGCGUCGGCCGUCACUGGUGUUUCCCAGAGGAGUCGAAGCUGCACUGACCCGGUGGAGGACAGAGGAGGGAAACUGAAGGUCGCCACGCAGCCAGCCAUGAUGGACCGGGUCGGAAUCAGUCACAGCUACACAGCAGGAAUCCUCCUUUCCUCUGAGAACAGUCGCUCCGUCUCAGCCCCGAUCACCGCCCCUGACCGGAGGCUCACCUGGCGAGCUGUGGUCACGUCGUCGUCGUCGUCGACGACUCCUCUGGUCCUCCCUCCGCCCCGACCUGAGCGCUCCAUCAGCCCCGAGAGCAACGACAGCAUCUCGGAGGAGCUCAACCACUUCAAACCCAUCGUCUGCUCGCCGUGCACGCCGCCCAAACGGCUACCCGACGGCCGUCUGAUGGAGCCCACCAUCGUCAAGUCCACGCCCAGGAAUCUGACCCGCGGCCUUCAGAAGGCCACCACCUACGAGGCCAGUCCUGCCGUGCUGCAGAAGUGGAGGCAGAUCGAGCUGGAUCGCCAGAGCCUCAAAGUGAACUCUAAGGCCACGCUGACGAGCCCCGUCACCGAGCUCCAUAACAAGACCAGCGGGGGGGAGGACGCAACAAAGACUCAUCAGUCUGUUGCAGGAGACGGAGUGGUGUCCGUCAACAAGAGGAAGCUGCUGUUCGAUCCUCCGGCCGGGGACACGGACACCUUCCAGAAACAGUCCGUAAAGAUCCGGGUCCCUGCGAUCCGCUACAGCAGCGAGGCGACUUUCAGAGGAAAUUCAGACUUUGAGGCGACAGUCGCCACUCCCGAGUCCGGCAGCGGGGGAGCGUUGUUUAGUCGAAAACAGUCAUUCUCGCCCUACACUAAAAACUCUGGUUUCCAGUCCUGUAAAUUAGUGCCAAAGGACUCGCAGAGUCCCAGGAAGGAGUCUGACAGUAGCAUCCACAACCAGUCUACCUCAAGGAGGGGCAAGAAGAGGAAGCAGAAGACCAAACACCUGGACUCAGACCGCGACUCUGACCUGAAGAGGAGCCGGUCGGUCAGCCAGGAGGCCUUCGACGAGAGGUACAUCCGUCAGAUCCAGCAGGAACGUCAGGACCGGGUGGUCGCCCUGAAGCUGCAGAGACAGUUCGACCUGGAGAACCAGACCGUCAACCGCAGGAGGAGCCCCGACAAGUACUUCCUGCGGUCCUGGAUGUCCAAUCAGAACCGCAGGAAGCGCGGCCUGAGGAGAUCGCGACGGAUCAACAAGAAGCACUAGAGAGGAGGAGUCGUCUGCUGACUCGGCACAAAGACGGACCGGAAGAGGUUCAUAUAUGCAAAGUGACGAAAGGUGAAGGUUUAAUGAAGAGUAUGAAUGUUUUUACACGACCAUCGUCUCAACAGCAGUCUGACUUUGUUUCAACUGCGGUUGAGAAAAAGGUUUUAUAAACCCCCAACCUGUACAUUUCUUCAAAACGUUGUUUUCUUUUCACCAGCAAAUAACCAAAAACUGAGCUACAUAACCAUCAGCUGCAGCCCGAACAGUUUUUAUUUAAGGUCCGACAGGACCUAGCGGAGCGGAGGUAACUCGGAAACAUCUCGCUACGACAGUCCACCGACGGCAACCACAUAAACACUCAUCGUGUCACAACCACUUAGAUAAAGGUAACAUCCGAAAACCCGAACUUUCUCCUCAGCUCAGUGCAAAGCUGGAUCUGUUUGCUGACGAGACUGAAGAAACGGUCCGGGGACUCGGUGUAGACUCUGAGAACUACAGACGGACGUUUGGAUUGAUGUUGAAAAUGUUAUAGAUUUAACGAUGAUUGACUGAUUAAUAAAAUCAGUAGACUGGUGCACAAAUGUGGGUCGUAAGGACACAGAGGGCUGAUAACUAAAACCAUCUGAUGAAAGCUGAAUGAUAAUUAAACAGACGGUUUCACGUUUGUCUUUGACUUCACUGUCCUACCAAACCGAGCAUUAGCACGACAUGGUCGUCCCGCUGUCCCCUUUCUAAUGACGUUUAUUAAUCUGCCGGUUAUUGGCAAACAGUACAAAAUGCAGACCGCGAUUCCCUGGAGCCCAAGUUGAUGCCAUGAAACGUCAAAUCCCCAAAUAUUCAGUUUACUAUCACGCAGGACAAGAAAAAGCAGCACAUUUUCACAUUUGAGAAGCUGAAACCGUCAAAUGUUUUUGCAUGUCUGCUUGAACAGUGACCUAAACCGUUAAUCGGUUAUCGAAACAGCUGGCCAUCGAUUAUCUGCCGAUCGACCGAUCGAUUAACUGUUGCGGCUCUGAUGUAUUUCUGAAAUGUUCUGGUUUGUAAAACGGUGGAAGCGCAGGAAGAACCUCGCACCAGAGACUCACGGGGUUCUUAAGAACUCGUUUUGUGUGGAAAACCCAGGAUACGGGUUCCUGCAGUGGAAGGACUGUGGUCAUGUGUAUUUUUGUUUGAAACGUGACUGAAACGAUCAAAAUAUUUGCUGAUUAUUUUUCCGUCGUUGGACUCGGAACCGGUCCGAUACGGUUUUAUCGUCCCGGACGUGUCCAGAAGCUCCUGACUUGUGCCACCACCUGCUCCUGGACACUACAAAUGAAUUUAUACUAUACAUGUUGAGUCCUGCGAGGAGUUUAAAGUUCAACUGACCCUCAGGUGUUUGGACAGAACCAGCUGGGCAGUCAGGUUCUAAACAGAACCUCCUAACCUCGUACACAGUCUGGUUCUGACGGUGGGGAUUUUAAUCUGAUAACGGACGAGACCUUCUUCUGGUUCCAACACGGACCCCUUUCACCAGUGAUUCAUGUUUCUGCGUCAGUCAACACCUGAGGAACCGAGGAUGAUGGGACGUUUCUGCGAUUAAAAACCAACGGAGGCGUGAACUUGUCCCCGUACGGCUGCUGGUCCGUAUCUGCCGCUGACAGUCUUCCAGUCUGAGCGUUUGUCAGACAUUUCUUUGUUUUCUGGGUGUCGGCCCCCAACUUUUUGAAGCUGUGGAUGGAGUACUCUCCCUGACCGCUGAGGCUCAUGGGUACUGUAGUCUAGACCAAACUGAAAGAGAAGAAACCCAAUUUAUCUGGAGGGAUUUCUGCCCGAAGACCAGAACGGACCCGAGCGGUCUGGAUCAGGAGACUCUGCGGUUCGCCCCGCUACUCUCCAGGAGUGAGAAGUCAUGUGACCGUCGAGCUGUAUUGGUUUUUAGGGUCAGGAUGAAACAGUGCGUCUGAAGAGGGACUCUGAGUGUCGUCAGUGUCAGACUUUAACGUUUAAUGUCAGAAGCCGUAUUCACAUUGUUUGAUCGGUGGAGAGACUCAGUUAAACGCUUCAGCACUUUUACCAGAUCAGACUCGACGAAACCAGAGUUUGUGGUUGUUACCGGAACUGCUGUGUAGGUGUCAGAAAAAACUGAGCAGGGCUGCAACUAAUGAUUAUCAUCGGGAUCAAUUAAUCUGCUGAUUAUGUUCUCAAUUAAUCCAUCUGGUCAUUAAAUCGUCAGAAAAUAGUCAAAAUGCCUUGUUUGCUCAAAUACCUGAAAAUAUAAAACUUACACUGAUUAACAAAAACAGAGAAACAGGUCUGAGUGGCUGUAAACAGCAAUUUUUUGUUAUUGUUGCUGGAAAAAAACGACUGAAUUAAUUAUCAAAAUCAUUCCUGAUUAUUUUAUCAUCGAUCGUUGCAACUCUAACAUUGAGGGAUAUUUAUGAAAGAUUUGUCUCCCUGAUUUAGGCACUAAACAGUCAAAUUAUUGCUUAUUUACUAAAGGACGACAGAAGUUUUGUGCCGGUAAAGUGGAAGACAAGCGUUUCCACUGAAAACUGCAUGUAUUAGUGAGCUAUGCCAAUGCUGACGGGCUAAAGUUAAUUUAUUUUGAGCUAAUGAAGAUGUGAAGCUGUGUGUGUUUCUGAUGUGUGAAUUAAUGAGCCUGUGUUCAAACUACAGUGGUUUGUUUAGCUCCUCGUCACCAGCCAUUGCAGAUGGGGCCCAGGCUGCCACACCAAACUCCAUUCAGAAAACAGGCAAUUUGAUUUUUUUUUUUUUUUUAGCUGUCAAAACCACACAGUCGGUCAGUAGCGUUGGUUAAUUCCUAAUGUGUAAGUCAGUAGACGUGUUAGUGCAGGAACCCCUCUGGCGCUUUGUCCAUUUCUUUCUUUAUUAAAGAAACCAGGGGGAAGCCUCACGAUCUCAGCUCAGUCAGAAGUCUUUUAUUUUGAGUUCUGGCGAAAUGACGUUUUUGACACAUCGGCAUUAAAUAUAUAAAAGCUUGUAUCUAAAUUGUAUGUAACUACAUGUAAUCACUGACAUUCCACCGCUGGAUAUCCUCCGUUGUUUUUACAGUAUAAUGUGAAUACGGCUUCAACCUGUCACCUGCAAUUCAUUAUUUCUUCACAUUCCUGAUGACGAUUUUCCGGACGAUUUUCCAGCUUUUAGAUUAUUUUCCCUCCUUCCAGGCAGCCAUGAAAAUGUCGUCACUUGUUGUAUCUGUCAUUAUAACCUAAUCACGUGGAUCAUGUCGUAACAGUUGAGUCAGGAGUUGUUGAUUUCUUUAUUGAUUUGUUGAUUUUUUUUGGGUUGAAACUGGCAGAAAGCUGCAGUUUAUUUCCGCUCAGCUGCCAUAUGUUUCUGAGUGAGAUCAAUAUUGUUUUAUUAUUAAUUAUUGACAGUUUGAAGUAUUUGAGAGUUUCUGUUCAAGCUCUUUGCUGUAAUUUUGACGGAGCUGAAGGGCUUUUGUUUUGUUUUUUACUGACGCCACAGGAGCUUUACUCUCUACAACACUGAUAUGCACAUUUUCUAAAGUUGUACUAAAGCUUUCAUCCUUCAGUUGAUGCAGUCUGACAGCAGAGUGUUCA